UGCAACCAGGAAGCGGGUCUCACCAGAACCCAUCCACGCUGGCACCCUGAUCUCAGACCUUCAGCCUCCAGAAAUGGUGGGCACUGGUGACCAGGUGAUGCGGCCAGUUCUGGGGACAGAGGAGCUGUGGUUUCAGCAGCCCUGGUCCGGAGGAGCCCCGCCUAGCCCUGCCCUCAAGCCGAGGCAGCGGCCCACCCACCAUGGCCCUGAGCUGCGGCGGGCCGGUCAGCCGGGCGGCGGCGGGGGCUAUAAGCGGCCGGGGCGCCCACCCUCGAAGCAGGAGUCCGAGCGAGGAGACGGCGCUGGAACCCAUGGACACGUCGUACCCCCGCGAGGACCCCCGGGCCCCGACGCCCCGCAAGGCCGACGGCACCGCCCACACGGCCCUCACGCUGGGGGCGCCGCGACCCCCACCUCGAGACCACUUGAUCUGGUCGGUGUUCAGCACCCUCUACCUGAACCCGUGCUGCCUCGGCUUCCUGGCGCUGGCCUACUCCAUCAAGGCCCGAGACCGGAAGGUGACCGGAGAUCUGGAAGCAGCCCGGCGGCUCGGCUCCAAAGCCAAGUGCUACAACAUCCUGGCCGCGGUGUGGGCUCUGGUGCCGCCUCUGCUGCUUCUGGCGCUGGUGGUGACCGGCGCGCUGCACCUGUCCCGGCUGGCCAAGGGCUCCGCCGCCUUCUUCAGCACCAAGUUCGACGACUCAGACUAUGAUUGACAGGCUGGGCCCUGUCCCCGCCCUGACCCAGGGACCCCAACCCCGGGGGCUCCACCCUCAUCACCCGGAACCCUGACUUGCCUACGGGCCUGAGGCCCACCCUCCAGCCCCGGCCUGGGCACCUAACACUGACCCUGAAGAUCCUCCACGGGGACCCCAGGGCCUUACCCUCACCUCGAUGCCCCCAGGCCAGCUCCUCCCUCCCCAGUCACCAGGCUCAGCCUCAGUUUCACAAUUAAAAGCGCCUGGCUCCAGAAA